UCGGCUUCAAUCCCCCAUCUGCCCGAUCAACCUUUGUCGGUUCUCUGAACGAUCCGGCUUAUCGAGUAUCUCCUUGCUGGAGCCCGUCUUACCACGCCCCCAACCGAUGGAUCCCGGCGCCGAUCCUUCCCGCACCAAGGACUCAGCCGCAGACGAUCAGUCGGCCGUGCCUGGCCAGGUGUCGCUGAUGCAAUCGGCUGCUGCCCACAUCCACUCGAGCCCAUACGCCCCCCCGCCAGACACCGGCCUGUCCAGCCCGUCGCUCUUCCAUCCAAUGCCGGCAUAUCCCUCGCCGUACGUGCAUCCGGUCGAUCCCAUGUAUCCGUCGCAGUAUAUCCCGCCGUACUACUCGCCCUAUCCGAUCCACCCAUAUCAGCCUCCGCAACCCUCGAUGCCUCCGAUCCAGCCCAUCCACACCAUGUUCGUGCCGCCACCAGUCCCUCAUCUCCAGCCUGUCGUCAGCACGGUCGAGAUGGCUCUUCCGCUGGCCUCGGGACCUGUCGCCUCCAUCCCAGCCCCGCCUCCAUCCAGCCAAGAGCACUCCUCCGCCGCCCGAGGUCGGACAGCCUCAUCGGCCCACGAUCCCAUGGACGACGACGCCAGCCACCACGACGAGGAUGACGAGAUUCGUAUGCUUCGAGAGACUCAGCGCAGGGAAAUGCUCGAGCUGCAAGCCCGGCAGGAGGAAAACCUGCGACAGCUGCAGCUCAAGCGCUCCAAAUCCGAUCGCAAGCCCAGGUCGGCUUCGUCCGACGACCGAUCGCUGAAACGGCUGUCGCUGCUGGAGAUGGCUUCCCAGCAGCCGGUGUAUCCCCAGACCGGCUCCCGUCACAACACACCGCCGGCUCCCUCGCUGCCGUCGUCACAGCAACCGCAGCAGCAGUCUCUCUUGCCGGCAAGCUCAGUAUCCCAGGCGCUCGCCCAUGCCCAGGCUCAGCUGGCCACCCAGCCGCAUCUGGUUGCCUCGCUCCAGGCCGCCACUGACAUCCAUGUGGACACCUCCAUGGCCGAUGUCCUCUUCCAGAGCACAGCCCACAACCCGUCGUCCGAUAUCCAGCCAUGCAUGCCAUACGAUGCCGAACGCCUCGAGAAGAAAGAGUACGACUCGGCUAUGAACGCCUUUCUAUCGCCCUACAUGAUGCCUGGAGCCGGCAACUAUCCUGAAGAAGAAGAUUACUUUUCACUUGUCUCCCCUGCCAUCAAUGCCAUCAACAUGACUCCUGGCAUGACGCCGAGUCUAGACUUUCAGCGAAUCAACCUACAAGGCGUCGACGCCUUCUCGCCCCUUGGUUCACCCGCGCUGCCUGUGCGACUCCCGAAUGGCGAGAUCAUCAAUCCCCACCAGCAGACAGCGAUGCAUGCUGAGAUCGUCGGAGCGCUUUCGAAUGCUCUCGCGGCCAGCGCCGGGAUGCCGUCGCCCCUGAUGCCCGGCUCCUCACCACAGCUCCCACAGCAUCGCCGGUCUAACCUUUCGAACGUUGUUUCGGUCGACCCGAGCAGCUCCUCGGCUGGACCCGCUCCGGUGGGCUCGCCUUCGGCCUUGGCUCGUGCCCGGCGCGUUCACUCGGCCCUGGCCUCCUCGGCCCCGUAUUCGUUGUCCAAGAAGCGUAGCGAGCGUAACCUGCGGCGCGUGCCACCCCCGUCCGCAUCGACUGCAUCAACCUCGAAAGGCGAAGCGUCUACCAGUCGGAGCAGCAGCAGCGAUGCCAGUGGACACAUGAUCUACAAGGACGACGGCAUGCCGCUGCCGCAGGCCAAGUCGCCGGAAGCACUCACUGGAUUUGGCACCAACCCGUCCUCUCCGACAGGCCCUAUGGGGGCGCUUGACGACGAAACAGGAUCCGACGACUCACCCGGCGGCACCUUUUCGGCCCCUCCGUUCAAGAAGCCAUCGGGGCGCAGUCACCUGGACAGCGGCAUUGCCGAGACGAGCGACAGCGAUUUUAAGCGGCCGCACCGGCCCGGCGCCCGGACUUGGAGUAUGGACAAGCCCCAUGACUCGGGCUCGUCCUCGUCGUGCACCGGCGGCAGCCUGAGCGAUGUCAAUAUGGACUCACCUCGAGCUGCCCCUGAUACCCUGCUCGGCUCACUGAACUCGGUCCCGAAGCUCCCCAUUGCGCCCGUGACGCCCUCGCAGAUCAUGAACUCGCUUGAGCAGAAAGAUUCCAAAUCCAAAUCUGCAAAGAAAUCAUCGCAGGAAGACGUCUCUGAUGCCAAUGCAAGAAUGCUGCAAAUGCAAGGCGCAUCAGACCUCGGUCAAGGAAUCGAGGUGCGCAAGAACAACCACAAGCAGGCCGAGCAGCGGCGGCGCGACUCGCUCAAGCAAUGCUUUGAGGAGCUUGGACAGGUCCUACCCUCCCUCACCGAGAAAAAUCCGAGCAAGGUUCAUCUGCUCAAGAAAUCAUUUGAGUUCAUCAUGCAUCUGAAAACCAAGGAGGGUGAGGCCGACGAACAGAUUGAGAGGCUCCAGAAGGAUAUCGAGCAGGCCAGGCGCUCAAAGUCACAGAAUCACCAAAUGGGAUGAUGAGCUGCGGCCGAUGUAGGGGCCAGCGGCUCGCUCCGGAUUCGAGCGUCGAGCGUCUCUCGAUCGCUGCGGCACACCGGCCGGCCCCAACGCACCACCAGACUCGUUGCGACGUCGCCCAGCCGCUUCUCUCCACCCCUUGUCAAAUCACCACUGCCCGUCGAUUCCAGUCGGGCUGUCACGUCCGAGGGUUUACGAAAUGGACCAGCCUCUAUGUACAGUUUGUUCCAGAAAAUAUAUAACGGGACAGUGUCCCUUUUUCUCUGGCA